AUGAAUCACCAAAAGAUUGCUGCCAGACAUAAAAAGGUAUUGCGUGCACAAAAGCCGUUGAAGUACAAGCAGAAGAAUCUUGAGUUACUUCUGUAUCUGAACUAUCUUCGUUUCAUGAACGCACUGGUCAAAAAGGCUAACGAAAUAUCUGAGCAAGACGCGAGUUCCGAGAUAUUGCACAAACAUCUUGAAGAUGCAAAAUUGGAGAUGCUACAACGGUUCAAAGGCUAG